AUGGUUGUGUUAAAAAAUUUGUUGGGUGUUACAAACAAGCUGUUCAUGGAAAAAAGUGAGGCAUCAGAGAAAGAUAUCUUAAUCAAUGCGCAUGCUUUUUAUGAACAAGAUGAAGGUGCACCAUUCAAUCUUGAGUAUGCAUGGCGGCUUUUAAAAGAUGAACCUAAAUGGAUGGGAGUAUUCACCAAAAAUUCUUCAAAGAGAACAAAGAAUUCUGCUAGUGGUUCAUACACGGCAUCGCCAAACUCAGAGACACCUUCAAGUUAUGAGUUAAACUCAUCAUCUCCAAUGGAGCGUCCAAUGGGACAAAAGGCGGCAAAACGAAAAGGUAAGGCAAAGGAAAAUGCAAAUGAACCUCCUUCUAGUGUUAUUUUCGAUACAAGGAAUAAGAGAAUGGAAGUAAUGGAAAAUCUAGCACGACUUAAGGAGGAAGAAAACAAAUUAGUCAAGGAAAAGAUGGAGUUUGAAGCAAUGCAAUUCAUAAUGUCAGACACUUCUAAGAUGAAUGAUAGUCAACGUGAAUUUCAUGAAAAACGUUGUAAUAACCUAAAGCAAAAAUACGGAUGUAUUACAGGUUCAAAUAAUGGCAUUAAUGUGCCAAACCAAUCCAAUGUGUUUAACGAUAUUUUGGAAGGACGUGCUGCUACUGUGCAAUAUACAAUCAAUGGGACUCCAUAUAACAUGGGGUAUUAUUUAGCAGAUGGCGAACGACACACAUAUGGAGGUGAUUUUGAUUACUCUUAUGAUAAUGUAGACGACACCUACUCUACAACGGAAACAUUUAACGGUCCUCAUCCGAAUCUUGCAACAAGACUACAAAGAAGAGCAACUCUUCGUGAAAAACAAGUUCAUCGCAAACUUCAAGGAGAUCUAAUCAAGCAUAUUUGGGAACGUUUUGGACAUGAGGAUGAUGUAAAUUAA